CCCAAAUUUUAUCGCCCAUGUUUAAAAUGAUAAUAAAUAUAAUCUUGAAGAUACAAUGACAUUUCAAAUAAUUUAAUUUAUAUAACCUUGAAGAAACAAUGCCAUUUUGAAUAAAAAUAAAGAAAUCAACAUUUUUUCGACAACUUUGUGCAUGUGAAAUUUAUCUUGAACUCAGAUACUAUAUUAUAGUUACUUUUUUCUAACUUUACUAAUUAUGAAACAAUGUGUAAUAUUUUUAAAUAUUAAAGUAUAACUAUUGUCAUUCCAGCGAACCUUGUUACUGAUGAAGGGUUAUGGCAUAUGAACGAUGAAGACUUGAAAGAAAUAGGAAUUACAGAAAAAGGGCCACGAAAAAUUAUUUUAACAUUCAUAUCGAAAAGUUGCAGUUCCAAACACGGAAUAGAGUUCAAAGAAAAAACGCUUAGUAAUAAUCAGACUCAACAGUUAAAGAUACGCCACGUAUUAUCAAUGGAACCAAAAUUUCACAAAAUUUUACUAAAAAAGUUAGAUUCCGGAUUAAUACCGGAAACGAAUGAAUUACUUUUCAUGAACAGAAUUCUAACAAAGCAUUAUUUCGAGAGACAAAUCAUGCAAGACAGAAGGUAUCCUUCUUGGCAGCAGAAACGUGAUUUGGCUAUGCAAAUUGUGGAAGAAUUCUCUCAGUUGGAAAAUACAAGAGUACGACAAGAGUCCCCAAAAGAGUCAUUCUUUUUUUGGCGGCACGGUGGUAAAGAUCAUGGAUGUCACAGUGGAAUCAUAGAGACUAGAGUUGGAAACAUGAGGAAAGACGUUUUGCCGGAAAACCGUCUUUUUCACCGCGCAAUAUCAGCGAAAAUUAUAGUGCCAGAAGGCUGUGUUGAAGCAGCAGCACUUCUAGCGGUUGUUUCGGCAACGGCUCAAAAUGUAAAACAAAUUUCUGAUGGAAUGGCUGAAUGUGCCCAACUUCAUCGAUGGAUUUUAAAUCAAAAAUCUGAGAAUAAAACAGGAGAAAUCUUAAGAGCAUUUCCCCAUUUUUUGAAUUAUGAUGGUUUAUUGAUUCAACAAGCGUAUGAGAGAAUGCAUGUUGGUUAUAAUAAAAACGCAGAUCUGAAAUCGUUCCUCAGCCUAGCCUUGGUUUUUGAAGAUAACAGUUGGCUUAAUGUAAAAGACUUUAACUUAAGAGGUGUUCUAAUUUUAAUGAAAAAGUUAGGCAGUCGCGGUAUCAAAAGAGUGGUGAAUACAAACGAGUAGCUUUCGUUGGAAGAAUUGCAAGCGCGACCUCUAGUCAAAUGGAUUAAAAGUGAAGGAGUUCCAGAAGAGGAGCAGGUUGAAGCUUACAAAGAAAACUUUUCCGAACCACACAUAUUGUGUAUUGGAGAAAAAUUUACUCUCGGAAACCUAUAUUUAAUGUUUGGGGCCAAUACCAUACCCUGUGGGAGUUCGUCAUUGCAGGCUAUUGAUGUAUUUUUUAAGGCAUUGGCUGUUUUAGGAAUAGCUGUUCCAGUACAGUUAAAAAAGAUACAUGAUUUAUUAUCAAUUCAGUUAUGGAAGACUUUAUCCUCAACGAACAGUUUAACUAUUCAGCGUCUCAUUACAAAAAUAGAAAACUAUGAACGAAGUAUUAGUUCUCAAAAUUAAUUUU